CUGCGAACCGGUGCUGGUUUAACGUGUUUGAAUGGGAGGGUACGUAUGCUGAAUGAAAGAGAGCGUGGGGUGUGAUUAUUUAUGAAACUUAACUUAUUUUUCGCACUAUACGUGUCUAAGGUUUAUUAACACCACUGGAUGAAUGAAAACUGUCACAAUGGUCGCUACCAGUAAAUUAAAGGCAAAAAACGGUGAGUGUAUUUCGGAGCUGGUUGAAAGGCGCUACGACCACGUGUGCAUCGAGAAAGAGCUGGAUUUCUGGGAUCGCUGCAUGGCUGAGCCCCAAGUGUCUGCUGAUGUCACAGAGGACAGAAGCUGCCAUCAGUUGGCUAAGAUGUUUGAAAACUGCCUGUCCCGAGCCAAAAAAACGACAUUGCACUGCUCCUCUGUGCUGGUCCCAGAGACGCUGACUAGGAAGAUAGCUCGUGAGGUCCUUUGGCUGGCGUCCUCUGAGCCCUGUGGCCUGAGAGGCUGCAUCCUGUACAUCUACCUGGAGCUGGAGAAGGGCUGCAAACAGCUGGAGCGCAUUGCCUAUGACGCCUCUGUAGUGCCCACAUUCGAGCUGACUCUAGUGUUCAAGCAGGAUGGUUCGGUGUGGCCCAGCCUGCGGGACUUUCUCUUUAUGGGUUCUUGCUUUGGCCCAACCUUCAGGCACGUCCUUAAACUGAGUCCAGGCUUCCGACUGGUGAAGAAAAAACUGUACUCUUCCUCGGCUGGCACCGUGAUAGAGGGGUGUUGAACUAUGUUGGAAGUGAGGAAAAGGGAAAUGCACUUGAACUCUUUUUGUUCAGCAGUUUGUCGCUCCCAACUUUCAGCCAGUCAGCUUGGGAUGUAAUAAGAUUUUAAACUCAAAACAAGCCAGACAUUUUCUGACUCUGGUUUCAGAGUCCGGAAAAGUUUUUUUUCUUUUUCUUUUUUUUUUCUUGGAGCAGUUCUUUGCUCAUGCACAGUUUUAAAACUUGCCUGUCCAAAUGAAUGUAAAAGUGUUCGCACAAACAUGUUUGCAAGGAUCAUACUGUUCUGUUCAAGGCACUAGCCACUUUGUAGAUGCAUCUGGGUUUUCAGAUGCAAUAAAUGUAAGCUACAGUAACAUGGUGGGAUAUUUUUUUUGUCUUAAAAGAAUGCAAUGCAAGCAUAAGUUUGGGGUUAAGAAGCAAGUGUGUUCUUUUCAUGCUCUAUAGCAGUUUUCUCGCUUUAAACUCUGCGCUUAUGACCCGUUAGGCUUGCAUCCAUACAUGUAUGUUUUGCUUGCUUUGCUCUGUAGUGUGUUUUUAAAGGCUUAAAUUAAUAUUUCUUGCACAUUGAGCUUAAAUCUUCGAUCUAAAGUCCUUUACUCUGCUCACGAGUCUAUAGAACGAUGGUAAUUCUGCCUGAUUCUAACCUGAAAUAUUACAUUUGUAAAUGAGACAUUAAAACGCUGUUUAGGGCAUUCUUGUUGCUCCUUGACUCAAAAUGACCAGGCAGAGCCGACGGAGCUGAGAGUUCAGGUUUGAACUUGUCAUAGACCGCUUGAACUGGAAUAGAAAUGUAUGUUCUGCACUUUGAUCACAGCAUCAGACUGUUCUGUGUAAAUGUUUUAAUACAUUUUUAUUUUUAUACUGAGAGAUUCACCUUUUCAAAGCAAGAGCCUUUAUAUACCAUUAAACGUUUGGUUAACCUGG